AUGGAACCACUAAUUACGAACCUUGACGGUAAUUGCCUUUACAAUGCUGUUAAAGUAUUGAUGCCAAAUUUUGAGGCAAGUCCUAUUAAACUUCGAGUUCGAGCAAAUGUUGAAUUGGCAGUAAAAUUGAAAGAUUACCAGCAAACAUACCCACAUUGUACAGAUUUCAUUGAUCCAUUUCCUCAAUAUCAAAGAACAGAAAUGAUCUACGAUAAGAACUAUUCUACAUUAUGGGAGAUUUUAGUACUGUGCAAUAUUCUUCAAUGCUCGAUCCGAUCUGUUUAUCCAAAGAUUAAAGAAGAUGCUGAUGAUGCUGGAAUUCAACCUCAACAAUCACUAAUGUGGACACAUACAGCUGAAGAGGAUACUGUACGUGCAGUUAAUUAUGGUAUGUGGGUACCAAAUCAUUUUGUUCCACUAGUUUAUCAUUAUGACACAAAAUCAUUGUUUAAAAUUGAACGGCAUCCACCACCGAUACCCGCAAAACGCACUCGUUUUCAAAGUGAUAUUUUUUCUGGUGUCGUAAAAAGCGAAAAUGAAUUUUGGGAAGAUAAACAUAAAAAAAUACUUCAAACGCUUCUUACAUUGACAUUUGGAGUAAUGACACAUAUUUUUGAUACGUGGGCAAGUACCUAUUUUGAACCACGAGAUCCUGAUAAAGAUGAAGCUAUUGAAGAUUCCGGUGCUGAAGAUGAAUCAUGGUAUAUUACUGAAUUUUUCAUAUUUUUUAUUACAGCAUUUUUAACAAAUUAG